AUGUCCGACAGCUACGACGACGAUGAAUAUAUGGAAGAAGAAGAGGAAGAUCUCUUUGAGGACGAGGUGAUGAGCGACGACGAUGCUGCUAUGGACAACGAAGAAGGGGACUAUCCAGUCAUUCCCGACAAGGACAAGCCGAAAUCUUAUGAUGUCGAGUCUAAGAGCCUCAGCGUCGACGACGUGCAAAAGGACAUGCGAUCGCAAGUCGAAUACGUCGUUUCCGUCUUUGGAUUAGAGCCAGAUACGGCGCGCAUGCUACUACGCGAUUACGGCUGGAAUAGAGAACGCAUGACGGAACAAUACAUGGAAGACCCCAGCAAGGUCCUCAUCAAAGCAGGCAUCGAACCAGACGCGACCAGCCCGCGCUCUCCUAUCCGCUCAACCUCCAGCCAGCCUCCAAAGGAAUCCUCGUUCAGCUUCAGGCGCUCCACACGCAAGAAUCCGGUUCCUGAUCCGGUAACCGAGUCCAAGUUUAUGUGCCCAAUUUGCUGCGACGACGAGCCGCCGUCCACCCUGGCCCUGGCCUGUAAUCACCGGUUCUGCAGCGACUGCUGGAGCCAAUACCUAGAAGGCAAAGUACGCGACGAGGGCGAAUGCGUCGUACGGUGCAUGAAAGAUGGAUGCAGCUUGCUCGUCCCAGACUCGUUCAUCAAAGAACAUUCAAGCGCCAAAACAUAUGACCGGUUUGAGGAACUCGUCCUUCGGCACUAUGUAUCUCAUAUCGCCCAUCUCAAGUUCUGCCCAGCACCCGGCUGUACAGACACCGUGUCAUGCACAGCAGCCGCGACAAAAUCCGCUCUCGACACCGUCGUACCCUCAGUUUCUUGUGCCCAUGGACAUAAAUUUUGCUUUGGAUGCUCCAUUGAUGCCGAUCAUCGUCCGGUCCUCUGCAAGGUAGCUAAGCUCUGGGUCAAGAAAUGCCAGGAUGAUAGCGAGACUGCGAAUUGGAUCAAGACCAACACAAAGGAAUGCUCCAAAUGCCAGAGUACGAUAGAGAAGAAUGGUGGCUGCAACCACAUGACCUGCAAGAAAUGCAAACAUGAAUUUUGCUGGGUCUGCAUGGGUCCCUGGUCAGAUCACGGUACUCAGUGGUACAGCUGCAAUCGCUACGACGACAAGGCAGCAAUUGAGGCUCGUGACGCCCAAUCCAAGAGUCGUAUUUCAUUGGAAAGGUACCUUCACUACUAUAAUCGAUGGGCAAACCACGAACAGUCCGCCAAGCUAUCUGCGGAGUUGUACGUCAAGACGGAGAAGAAGAUGGAGGAGAUGCAACUCACGACAGACCUGACCUGGAUCGAGGUACAAUUUGCAAAGAAGGCGGUCGAAGAGGUCUUACGAUGUCGAGCAACGCUCAAGUGGACCUAUGCCAUGGCCUAUUACCUAGACAAGAGCAACGAGAAGGAGCUCUUUGAGGACAAUCAAAGAGAUCUUGAAAAGGCGGUAGAGGAUCUUUCAGAACUCCUAGAGUCUCCUAUAGAAGCCGAGACUAUACCAGAACUACGAGCCAACAUGACGAACAAGACUGUAUACGUCCAGAAGAGAAACGAGAUUAUGCUCGAGGACACUGCUCAAGGGUUUAGGGAAGGCAGAUGGACGUGGAAUGUCGAUCUACCUUAA